AUGGUGGUUUUGCCCACAUUGCUGCCCGAGAUGGAGCGCUCCAAGACCAUGCACGCCCUGCCGAAGACGGUCACCGUCGAGUCUCUGUCUUUGGAAGAGGAAGGGCCCGUGAAGAGGUGGCCUCCGAUUGCCCGUGCCGUUGGCCAGCGAGGCCCUGCGGCUGGCGGCCUCUCUGUGGUGGGGAACCAGAGAGCGUCGGUGUCCCGCGCGUUCACCUCCAAGUGCACUACCAGGUCGCUCCAGCGAACAGGCAGUGCCGGCAGCGCCGCAGAUUCUGCUGCAGGCACGGAGCGCUCCCAUGCACUCGAGGAGGAGAACCAAAGACUGCGCGAGGAGCUGGCGAGGUAUCAGACAGACGCGAUGGCAGUUCGGCGGAGGCCCAUGGCGGCCAUCGCAGGGGGCGGUUUUCGAGGUGCUGGACCGCAAAAGCCUUGCAUGUGCGAGGACUUGAAGGCGAAGCUUGCAAGGUGUCAGGCUGCUCUCCAAGCAGCACGGAAACGCAGCAUGACUGUCGCCUUCGAUAUGGUGGACGACGAGGAGCAGUCGCCCCUCAGGCACAACAAGACAGCUGAGCCGGGUGCGCCGGCCAGCCAGGCAGAGGCCUCUGAGAGCUCCAGUGGCGAAGAGGAGAAGGUGCCCCCACCUCCUCCCUGCAGCCCGUGCGGCUUGCCUCCUAUGCCCGGCACCGAGGAGGCGCGCAGCUCCGUGUCAACGGAGGCAAGCCUUGCGGCAACCUUAUUGCCGACCUGCGCCGACGCGCAGGUCCAAGCUGAGCCGUCCUGCAAGACCUCUUCUGUCCAGGCGGUGACCGACAUUGUGACGAUGGUCGCAGAGGUGCAAACGAAGGCUGAGCCUGACGUGGUAUCGUCUUCGUCGCAGACAGAGGCUCCUGGAGUGGCGAGUGUGGCAGCAGAAGUGCAGACAGAGGUGCCUUGCAGGAGAUGCCCCAGUCCACAGGGGCUCACGAUGUCCCAUGCGGCCAAGCCGCAGGGGCACGAGCGUGAGCCCCCCGUCUUCCGCAGCAACAGCCUCGGUCUAGCUGGUGUCGAGGCCCGGCUGGACCGCCUCUCCUUGCAAAUGGACCUUUGCCUCAGUGAGAUCACGAGCUGGAAAGGAGUCGCACAGAACGGCCUGGACGCGAGCUCCAUGCCAACUCCCAGUGUACCGGAGCCGCCAUCCAAGCUCCUUGAGGUCCCAGCAAGGCAGAGCCAAGUAUCGAACGAAUCUUCUGGCGCGCAUUCGUCUGUGUCUUCCGACAAGACGCUGACAGAGGGCAGGAAUCGCGAGGAUAACGGCGAGGCCCAUGCAUCAUCAGGGAGGUUCUACCGGGGAAGGUCCAGGCAAAUGCUGCCCGUGCGAUCUAUGGAUCUGAAGGUAGCCUGGAAGCUCCACGCCAGGGAGGUCACGCGAGAUCUCGGCACGCUGAGUGCCGCAGACAAACGGAUCCAACCACUUCUGCGUCUCGUAUACAGAAGCCGUGCGGACUAUGUCUGGGAGCUACUGGACGACCCAAACUCGAGCACCUGGGCCUGGGGUGUUUCCCUCUGCUUGAAGCUGCUGGUCAUCUUCUCAGUGCUCACUUCCAAUUUAGAGUCUUCGACGGUAUCUCUUCUAAACCAGCGCCUCAUCGGCAUUCUGCAGAUAAGCUUCGACACUGUGUUCCUGACGGAGUUCCUGUGCCGCUUCUUAUCCGCACCCUCGAAGAGAUCUUACCUGAAGGAUCCGCUUAACUGGGCUGACAUUCUCUCCGCUCUGGGCUUGCCUCUCAGAGCGAUGAUCGGCUUUGACGUUCAAGGCCUCUUUGAUGUUCAAGGCCUCAAUCCCAGCCCCGGACUGGAGAUCGUCCACAUCACGUUGCUGUACUUCUUGCCGCUGGCGCGCCUUCUCAAGCUACUGCGUUACUUCGACUCACUCCGGCUUCUUAUCGAUGCGUGCGUCAAUUCAGCAGAGGCCCUGCCGGUCUUAUUCUACAUGCUGGCGGUCAUGGUCUUGUUCUCUGCGACCAUCAUCUUCUUGGUCGAGUCGCAGGAUAACAUCCCAACUCUGAAUCACUCUCUUUGGCUCUCCAUCGUGACAAUAACGACCGUGGGCUACGGCGACUUCUUUCCAAAGUCUCCUUGGGGCUACCUGUCCGUCUCAGUGCUGACCUUCGUAAGUGUCCUUUUUCUAGCGCUGCCUGUGGGCAUUGUGGGCCACGAGUUCACACAAUCGUGGCUUACGAGGCGGAAGGUCCUCCUCCAGACUCGGGUGCGCCGCUGCCUCAACAAAUGGGGCUACACGGCCGCUGAUCUCCAGAUGCUGUUCGAGUACGCCGACGCCGAUGGCGAUGGCAGCCUUGCUCUCAUUGAGUUUAUCGAGCUGGUGCGCCAAAUGAGAAUUGGAGUCAGUGCUGAGGCUGCAGCGGAGCUCUUCACUAUGUUUGACAGCGACCAGAACGGAACCCUGGAUCAAACCGAGGUGCUGCGGCAUCUCUUCCCGGACGAGUACGUCAGAGAGAAGCACAAGAUGCAGCAGGAAACCCUGGAGGUCUCAAAGUACAGGAUCGGCCAGGCCCUGGAAGAGUGGGGCUCCAGCCGCCUGACCGCCGAUGACCUCAUGGGAGACCGGCAGGUGUCCUGCCCGCUUGCAAGCGACGAUGGGCAGCUGCAAAGCUUUGGAAGCCGGGUGGACGCAGCAGAGCUGGCUUUACCGUUGCUGUCUUCUGAGACACAGACGGAGGCCGAAGCAGCCCCGGCUGUGCAAGCAGCAGACACUCAGACGGAGGCACCUCCAGCAGCGGAGAUGCUCCAUGCGCAGACGCAGACGCAGGCAGACGGCCAUCCGGCGAUGUCUGAAGCAGAAGUUCAGACAGAGGCCGACUUCUCCGCCACGGCGAUGACGGCGGAAGCGACGCAAACAGAGGAGAACCUGCAGGCGGCAGCCUGCAGUGAGUCAUCGUCUCAGACGACUCCUCCCGCGUUGGCAGCAGCGGCGGUUCAAACGACACCGGCGAAGGGUGUGAGCUGCGGGACCCAGGUGGAACGCCCCAAAGUGGGCCAUCAGGCGGUUCAAGCCGAGGAUUCCACGGCGCAAGACGCGCUUGCUCGGGUCAAGCAGCUGGAGGCUGCAUCGGCGGCAGAGGCCGGCCAGCUCCAGGCGUGGCGCGACAUGGCCACGGCCAAGGCCUUGGGCAAGCUAAAUGUCACCAUCCUUUGUCCCCGUGCCGAAUGCACGGUGAACGGAGUCAAGGUGGAGAUGGACAGCUGGCGGUCAGAAUUACUGCGGAGGGACUUCGAAGAGAAGGUCCUCCCGCGCUUCGUGCAGCUCAUCGUGUCCGAUGUCCAGGAGCAAUCGUCGAGCACAGAUCUUGUGAAGAGCAUGAUGGAGGAGCUUGGCUCCAUCUUCCGAGAGCGCCUUUCCGCACUUUUGUCAGCCCCGAAUGCCGCUGCGGCAAUGGCCGCGGCGAAGGCUGCAAAAGCAGCGUGA